UGUCUUUUGUUUACAGAUUCUUUAUCCAAAAAUCAAAUCAGUUGUGCAACAUUCUCAAAUUCUUUCUUGCACUUUUCUUCAAGAAUCUUGAUUCUUGAAGUCAAAUCACAAACACCCACAAGACCAAAACAAAGAAAGAUGCCAACUUUAACUAAGCUAUAUCCAAUGCAAGAAGUAUCUCUGCACAACUCUCAAGAUGAUUGUUGGGUCACCAUUGAUGGCAAGGUGUAUGAUGUGUCCUCUUAUAUGGAUGAACACCCAGGGGGAGAUGACGUCCUGCUUGCUGCAACCGGGAAAGAUGCCACUGACGAAUUUGAAGAUGCUGGGCACAGCAAAACUGCAAGGGAGCUCAUGGAGAGCUUCUGCAUAGGUGAGCUUGAAGUGCCUACCCCACUCAUCCCGGAACUUGAGAUAGUCCCAAAUAAGCAGCAAAAUGACAUUGUGGAGAAGAUAAAGGAUAUGAGUAAGCAAUACUGGACCGUUCCGGUAGCUGUUGUUGGCAUCAGUGUUGUAGCGAGCUUCUUGUACUCGCGUAGGAAUUAAAGAAACUCAAAUUUCUACUUCUAAUUGGCAGCUUGGAAAAAAUUAUGUUGCCGGUCUGCCAUGUAUCUUGAAUUAUUAAGAAAGUUAGAACCACAGAAAACUAAAUACCUGUUCAAUCAUUAGAUUACAAAUUACAUGAUUUGAGACAGUUGCGAAUAUAUGUAUGAACUUUCAGCGGAAACAACAAUUUUGAAUUUGGCCAGUUUUGAGCAUUGGCAAUGAUAAGUUUUGGAGGUUUUGCUUGGUA